GACGGAUGGAUGAAGGCACAUUCGCUGUGGAAAACGUUCUUUUUUAACACGGAAUCUGCUUAUUUUUGCAGUAUUUUUAAUUGAAAUGUUUUACAGACAGUUACUGUAACUGACAAGGCGCUUGGCAUUUAUAAGUAGAUUCCAGGUUGGUCCUCUGUUGCUUGAUACGGAACAUCUUUCAUCAUGGCUGACUGGAGCGCACUGGGGAAACUUCUUGACAAGGUCCAGGCAUACUCCACAGCGGGAGGCAAAGUCUGGCUCUUUGUCCUUUUCAUCUUUCGGAUCCUGGUGUUGGGGACAGCGGUGGAGUCGGCAUGGGGAGACGAGCAGUCAGCGUUCAAAUGUAACACGCAGCAGCCUGGCUGUGACAACGUGUGCUACGACAAGUCGUUCCCCAUCUCCCAUGUGCGCUUCUGGGUUCUCCAGAUCAUAUUUGUGUCCAUGCCGACCCUCCUGUACCUCAGCCAUGUUAUGUUCCUCAUACACAAGGAGGAGAAGUUGAACAAGAAAGAGGAGAAACUUAGAGACAUCCAGAGCAAAGGUGGAGAUGUUGAUGUUCUUCUACAGAAGAUCGAAAUUAGGAAGUUCAAGUAUGGAUUGGAAGAUCAUGGGAAGAUCAAGAUGAGAGGCGGGAUAUUUUAUACAUAUAUAGUGAGCAUCUUGUUGAAAUCUGUAUUUGAAGUUGGUUUCCUGUUGAUACAGUGGCAUCUUUAUGGAUUCAAGCUGUCUGCUGUUUAUACGUGUCAAAGAUUCCCUUGUCCCCAUAAAGUGGACUGCUUCCUGUCUCGUCCUACAGAGAAGACCGUUUUUAUCAUCUUCAUGCUGGUUGUGUCACUGGUUUCUAUAGCGCUCAAUGUCUUUGAGUUUUUUUAUGUGAUUUUCAAGAGAAUGAAAGACCAAAUCAGGGAGUCUGAGAAAAACUUUGACAGCGUUUGUAAUAUCAAGCCUUGUCCAAAAAACCUGUCCAGCUACGGCUAUUACAACGACUGUUCGGCCCCUGUCCCUAAUCUCGGGUACAAUCUAGAUACAGGCAAUAAGUCCAACUCUUCUGACAAUUACGACAAGCAAGCCAAUGAGCAGAACUGGACUAAUUAUAGCACAGAACAGAACCAGCUGGGUCAGAGGAACUAUUGCCACACGCAGCGCUUUCCAUAUUCUGAGAAAGUGACUCUGGGGAAAGAUCUGCUGCUGCUCAAGGAGCUUGAACCUCGACCCAGUAGUCGAGCGAGCAGUCGGGCUAGGCCUGAUGAUCUCGACAUCUAGCGGAGACCUCAAUAAAAGGCCUUUUAGACAGUCUUUAGAUCUCUGUUUCAAGUGGUGAAUGUUUAAAAGACUGUGAAGAGGACACAGUUCUGUCACCGACAUCCAAAGUAUGAUGUUUCAGGAUGUAUAUUUAUUUUUUGAUAAUUUAUUGUGUUAGUAUUUGCCAUUGUAGCUCAUGGCAAACAGUUUUUUUUUUUUUAAGGAAACAGUAUUUAUGAUUGUGAAAAUACUACAGUUUCAGUUUCACAAUUUCACUUGGUUUUAUAUGGGUGAAUCUAACAAAACCUGUCAAGAACACGCCCUGGUCGUAUUUCAUGCCAAACUCAAAAUAAGAAUAUAUUAUAUUUUGAUUAAAGAAAAUUAAGUCUGUUUUAUGCCCAUUUAGAUUUUGUGCAUUGUAACAGUAUUUUCAUGACAAUUAUUAUACAUUAAUUAACUGUCAUGUAGUAAAUAAUGUAAUAAAUAAUUAUGUAUUUAUUACUGUAAUAAAUCACGAUGUCUUAUUUAUAUUGUAAAGUAUUUUUUCAUCAUGGUA